GGGCAUAGUCCCAUCCAUAUAGCACUUGUAUAACCUGCAAGGAGAUCCGAUGGCCACCAGAUCCAACGGAAACUCCAGAGAGAUACUUCUAUUCGAUUAAGAGUUUGUACAUUUGUCUUUGAAGUCGCAUGAUUGAGGAUAAUUUGAGCCCCGCCAUCCUACGACGUAGUCAGAGAGCAUCGAGACAACAUGGCACCCCCAGACUCCAGAGACGGCGGGAAAAUGUAGCAGGUAGCUAGCAAGUGUGGUUAUACGAUUGCAGAUGGAAAGAAGAUGUGCAUCAAUAUGGAGGGCUUUUCCUCGUUCGAAUGGCGUUGUGGAAGGUAAACCAAUGGCGGCGGGUAUCGCACCGUUCACAUUUUGUCAUUCGAAUGUCGAAUUGUCACCGGUGAGAUCCUUCGAGUGUGCGAGUCCGAGUAUGUGUUUUAAGGAGAGAUUUUGGAAGUAGUUCAGUUCAACAUCCUCCGACGUUUGAAAGAACGUUCGAGGCUUGGCAAUGAGAAGAUACGAACAUACGAAGAUACGAGCUAAAAUAUGGAAAGCUCCGUGGUCUUAACGUUAACUCCGCUUCAUAGCCCAGUUUCACGUGACUAAAAUCAAUCACAUCGUUGGCCAUUUUCAUCCGCCCCUUCAUCAAUCCACAUAUAUACCGCUACACUGAACACUCGAUCAUGGAAACGAAGCCGCAGAAACGAAGACGUAUAGUCAAGACAUGUUGGGAAUGCUAUAGAAGAAAGCAAAAGUGUAAUCGUGGACAGCCAUGUGAUGUUUGCAUUUCUCGAAAUGUUCCUGAAAAGUGCUCCUAUUCUAAUCAAUCAUCACUCGAUGAUUCGAAGGAUGUCUCAAAGAAUGGAGCACAAUCAAGCAAACGUACAAGAGACGAGGAAAUCAUAUUGAAGUCAGGCUCAACACCAUCCCAUCUUUUUGAUCAAGUAGGAUAUGCUUCCCAUAAUACCUCGUUUAUCGGGCUACAAAAGUCAUUUCACAUCAGUGAUGACCUUUCCACAUUCAUGGGAGCAUCUGCAUCAACUUCAUUAUCCCAUCCUGGUUUACGACAUAAGUUUUUGAGUUUAGUCAUACAACUGCCAUCUCAGUCUAUUAUCUCCGAGCUUGUCGACAUAUUCUUCUCAGAAAUACAUUUCUAUCUCAAAAUACUAGAAGAGCAUUAUUUUCGGAAUCUUCUCAAAUCAUGGCAAGAUGUUCGUAGUACUUUAAGUGGGCAAUCGGAUCUUGGAAGUAUCUCUAGAGAUCUUCUAUAUUUUCCUGCAUUAUUAUUCCAAACUCUUGCCGUUUCCUUACAGUUCUUACCUCCAGACACAGAAGCAUCAAAAAUACUUCAUUUAAAAACAUUAUUAGAUUGCGAUAGACUUUCUCAUGAGUAUAGUAAGAUUGGUAUGGAGAUAAUGUCUCUUUUAGGAAGACAUUCUUCCACUAUAACAGGCGUCGAACAUGAUCUGUUAAAAUCUGGUUGGUUGAAGAAUUAUAGUCGAGGCACAGAAGCGUGGCACUUAUUGGGUAGUGCAAUUAGACAGGGUCAAGAUUUAGGACUACACUUACAAGCUUCAAUUCCAAAAGUUGCGGGAGAGGAUGUUGGGACCAGGCUAGAGAAACUUUGGUAUGACGAAUACAAAAGAAGGCUUUGGGUAACGCUCUUCACUUGGGACAGCCAUAUGUCAGCAAUGCUUGGAAGACCUCGCUCAAUCAAUGCAAGUGAUUGUACAGUCAAAACACCAACUGAUUGUUCAUUCCCUGUUGAUCCGUCAACAACUAUACCUACCUCAGUAAAUUUACAGCAUCCCCACUCCCCACCAUCCACUUGCUCGCCUCAACUGUUUCAAUAUUCUUUAGCUCAAAGAAUUCAUGAAAUGUUAGCAGCUGGUGCUCAUAGACCUCAUAUUAAAGACUACUCAAUCAUCACAAACCUUCAUAACAAGGUCUUUUCCAUGAUUGACGCUCUACCGCCUACCUUGCGAACAGAAAAUCCCGAUAGAUCAUGGGACAUAGUAGAACCAAGACUUCCUCGCCAAAGAUUAUCGAUAGCAACUGCCGCGCAUUCAUUUAUUAUGGCACUUCAUAGACCUCAUGCACCAAUCCAUCCUACAAGUCGAACUGCAUCCAUAAAAGCUGCAUUAUGUUGUCUUGAUACUCAGGAUCAAUUUUUCAAUGCAGUGAAACCACAUCAAUAUCGGUUUUAUUCCCUCUCAUUUAAUACCAUUGACUGUGGAAUUUUUUUGUCUGGGAUAGUAUUAGAGUCACCAAAUUUGGAGGGUGGUUUAGAGGAAAGAAUAAAGGAUGCAAUCGAGAAAUCGAUAGGAAGGUUGAAAUUAAUGGAGGACAGAAGCCCCAUCGCAAAAUCAGGUCUACAAAUUCUCACCAUUUGCUACGAGAGGAUCUUGGACCGUAAUAAGAACCUCGAUGGGAUAGCCAACAAUUCACAGUUAUCGGUCCAGGAAGAGGGAAGUGGAAAUGAUGCCGAGGGGAGGGACACUGCGGCUAUUCAGGAAGUUAGGGUCCCACCACAGGAUACAAAUGGUCUUGAACUUCCUCAACUACAACCACUGGUUCCAAACGACUCUUCUGCUGACCCCAUUGCGGGCUUUAGCAAUUUUGAAAUGAAUACGUCGUUUUGGGAGGAGAUGACUCAGAUGAUUGACUUUGACAUUGGCGUAAGUAUGGAGGAGGAUUUAUGGAACCCGAACUACUCGUUUCCGGGGCCAAUUAUGAAUCCAGAUAGUGAAAUCGCGCCGGGAGUGUGGUAUGGAGGGGGUGGGUGAUGCUAAAAUGAUCGAAAAAGGGGUUUGUCUAAAUACUAAAACCAAUCGAAUUGGUAUUAAAUUCUGCAGAAGUUCUUCCAUUUGACAGAUCUUGGGUAAUUGUUGACUACCGAUUUUGGGGGGGGGGGGGGGGGGGGGGGUCAUGAUGGGCUGAUAAAUAUUUUCAAGAGCGCCAUUGCCUUCUUUGAAAUUGCAGUUAUUGGGGUGGCAUUUACACAUUAGACCCAUCAGCUCACCGGAUUAUAGGGGCUUGCGGAAUCAAAUUUUAGUGAAUACUAUUCAAAGAUUACAAAUGUUAAUUCAAAGGAUACUGAGUUGGAAUAUCAACAUUCAAAAGUUAAGAUGAUAGACA